AUGGCGCAACAGGUAGAGAGGAAAGGAUUGCGAGCACGCCGCGAGCGGGACGGCACGAUACCAUCUUCAGAGGCCGUCUCGCUCGGCGCCCGACGGGCGAGGCGGCGCGGGCGCAGGAAUGCCACGUGGAUUACAAGUUCACCGUGGUACGGCAUAAGCGUUACAAAACCGGCUGUGUUGCAAUGCAAGACAGUGUUAGCGGUCGCGCUCGACGGUGCAGCACGAUCUAGCGUUCCGCUCUGCGCCGAAGCCCCCGUCCCCUGGCCCCUUCUGCCCCCUUCUGACGCCUCACCCCCUUCCCCUCAGCUCGGCGCCGGCCCUGACCGAGACACGGAG